AUGGGCAAUUUCCUAAGCAAAGUCUUUCCUGUGUCCCGCCGCCAGCCCCUGCCCUGCAAAAGGGCCACUAAGCGUAAAAUAUCUUUAGUCUUAAAACUACCACUGCCCGGGCCACUGUCACUGCUGUGUGAGAGAGAUGAGGUGCCCCCACCACCUAAGCUGCUCCGUCUAGCUCUGCCCAGUAACAUAGGCACCUGGAAGGACCCUGAGGGGCAGCAGGUCAAGAACUCAGAGUCUGCCGUGGCCACUGCAGACACUAGUGCCACUCAGCCUCCCUUUCCCUUCUCACUACACCUGGCCACUCCACAGCUCACUGCCACUAUCCCCAUGCUGGCUGACAUAUCAGUCAGGCCAGUUGUAUCUAUUCUUCCACCUCAAACUGUCAUCAGUCCACCACCUGUUGCUGCUGAUUUCUUAAUACCAGGCAGCUGCAAUCCCAUAUGGAAG